AUGCUCAGGUUAGAGAGCAAGGAAUCACUCAGGUUUGAGGGUGAAGGUGAGCCCAGGUUAGAGGGCCAAAUGAUGCUCAGAUUAGAGAGCAGAGGAUCACCCAGGUUUGAGGGUGAAGAUGAGGCCAGGUUAGAGGGCCAGAGGAUGCUCAGGUUAGAGAGCAGGGAAUCUUCCAGGUUUGAGGGUGAAGGUGAGCCCAGGUUCGAGGGCCAGAGGAUGAUUUGGUUAGAAAGCAGGGAAUUGCCCAGGUUUGAGGGUGAAGGAGAGCCCAGGUUAGAGGGCGAAAGAACACUCUACACAAACAUGAAUAAAAGGAAUUUGGGAAGAAGGAACAAAACAACACUAAAGGAUGACGGACUUAGGAGACGACGUAUUUAUGUGACUGAUUUAGAUAGCUCCGUAGAAGUACGAAGAGGUGAAGGGAAAAACUAA